AUGGCUGGUGUUCCUAGAAAAUAUAAAAGAGUAAUGUCGUCCAGUAGCAAAUCAACAGUGUGCUCAAGGACUACCUCAAGUUUGGCUAAUGACACUCUUUAUGAUGCUAUGGAUAUUUCCUCGUCAUCGGUGUCGACUAAUGCUGAUGAAGUUCAAACAUUUAGUGGUUGUUCAUCAAGUGAUGAAAGUGAAGAUAGUGAAGAUGGUGAACGAGAUGAUAUGCCUUGCAGUAAAAAUUUUGAUGAGUUUGAGGAAUAUUCUGAUAUUGGAGACAUGAAGUAUGAGUGUCAGUAUUGUGGGGCUUUGCAUUGGAAGCCUCCGACUUUAUUAUGGGAUUUGAUAAUGGGAAAUGAUGUUCGUAGUCGAGAAUUCUUAGCAAAUAUAAGAAGUUAUAAUAGUGCUUUUGCUUUUACUUCAUUUGGUGGAAAAAUUGAAAGUGGUCUAAAUGACGGAGGCGGUCCACCACAAUUUGUUAUUAGUGGGCAAAAUUAUCAUCGUAUUGGUAGCUUGCUUCCAAAUGUGGGAGAGACUCCUAAAUUUGCCCAACUUUAUGUUUAUGAUACUCAGAAUGAGAUCCAAAAUCGAAGUUCACACUUUAGGAAUUCGGAUGGAAGUUGUAAGCUAAACAAAUCCUUAAUUGAAGAUCUUUUGGCAAUGGUUGAUGAGUGUAAUGUCUUGGUGAAAUCAUUUCGAAAGGUACGUGAUUUCAUUUCUAUCAACCCAUUGUUAAGGAUUUCUCUAAGAUUGUUUAGGGCUAGACCCAAAGACCCAAGAGUGUACAAUUUACCUUCUGUGGAUGAGGUAGCUGGUUUAAUUGUUGGUGAUUUUGAUUCUACUGAUUGUGGUCGAGACAUAGUUGUUAGUUCAAUGGAUGGUACUCUUAGAAGAAUUCAUGAGACACACACUUCAUUUUUACCGUUGCAAUAUCCUUUGCUUUUUCCUAAUGGAGAAGAUGGAUAUAAAGAAGAUAUUUUGUUUCGCCAAGAUGGAGAUGGUCGUGUUUUUAAAAAGAGAGUACGAGUAUCUUUGAGAGAAUUUAUUUCUUUUAGAAUUCAUGAAAGAAUGAGAGAGGAUUCAGUUAUAUUGCGUAGUAGAAGAUUAUUCCAACAAUUUCUUGUGGAUUGUUAUUCGAUGAUUGAGGCUCAAAGAUUAUCAUAUAUCAAGGGUAAUCAAAAGACAAUACGUCGGGACUUCUUAUCUGGAUUGGAGGAGGCUAUGGAGAAAGGUGAUGUCGAUUCAGCAUCAGUUGGAACAAGGAUAGUUCUACCUUCAUCAUUUACUGGUGGAAGAAGAUAUAUGUUUAACAAUUGUCAAGAUGCAAUGGCAAUCUGCAAACAUGUUGGAUAUCCAGAUCUUUUUAUAACUGUUACUUGCAACCCAAAGUGGCUUGAAAUUCAAAGGUGUGUUUCUGAAAAAGGCUUGAAUGCCUAUGAUCGCCCUGAUAUCUCGUGUCGGGUUUUUCAUAUUAAAGUGAAGCAGUUAAUGCGUGAUUUGAGGAAAGGUCAAUAUUUUGGGAAAGUCUCAGCUGGAAUGUAUACCAUUGAGUUUCAAAAGAGGGGACUUCCACAUGCCCAUAUACUUAUUUGGUUAGCGCCUGGUUCAAAGCUAACAACACCAGAGAAAAUUGAUUCAGUUAUAUGUGCAGAGUUACCUGAUCCAGUUGCUAGCCCGAAACUAUUUGAAGUUGUUUCUAUGUUCAUGGUCCAUGGUCCAUGUGGUAGUAGUAGGAAAAAUUCUCCGUGCAUGGUAAAUGGUCGGUGUUCCAAAUUUUUUCCUAAGAAAUAUGUGGAUAAGACCUCAUUUGACAUUGAUGGUUAUCCGACAUAUCGAAGGAGGAACACUGGUGUUUUUGUUGAAAGACGUGAUGUUCAAUUAGAUAAUGGGUAUGUUGUUCCUUAUAAUGCAAAAUUGUUGAUGAAGUACCAAGCCCACAUUAACAUUGAAUAUUGUAACAAAUCGAAUUGCAUCAAAUACUUAUUUAAGUAUAUCAACAAAGGAGUUGAUCGGCGAUUACCUUUUCAUAUGCCCAACAAACAAGUUGUAUUAUAUGGUAAUGAAGAACCAAUUGAUAGGGUCGUUCAAAGAGGUCAGAUGUCUGAAACAAUGUUUACUGGGUGGAUGGUUGCUAAUAUGAUAUAUGAACAUGGUAGGCAUUUGACAUAUGCUGAGUAUCCGCAGUUAUUUGUUUGGCAUCCUAAAGAUAAAGAGUGGCGACCACGCAAAAGAGGGUUUUCCAUUGGAAGAAUGAAUUUUAUACCUUUGGGGUGUGGGGAGGAAGCAUGUUCUGCCUUGGGAUUAUUAGAGGAUGAUAAAGAAUUUAUUGAUGGAUUAAUUGAUUGUGCUGAAUUGUCAGGUGCUUUGCGUUUGGAUGAUCAGACUUUGAAGACGCUUUGUUUGGUUGAGCUUGAAAAAAUGUUAGUUAAUAAUGGGAAAACACUAAAGGAUUUUCCUGGCAUUCCGUAUCCUAUUUCAGAUGAAGUCCCUCAGUUUGAGAAUGUCAUGUUGUUUAACGAGUUAAGAUUUGACAUUGAUGAUAUGUCAGUUAAACAUAAUGACCAUUUGAUGAAGUUGAAUAAUGGUCAAAGGAAAGUGUAUGAUGAGGUUAUUGAUGCAGUUAAUAAAUCAGAUGGAGGAUUUUAUUUUGUCUAUGGUUCAGGUGGUACAGGAAAAACUUUUCUUUGGAAAACCCUAAGUUAUAGAUUAAGAUCUGAGCGGAAGAUUGUGUUGAAUGUUGCAUCCAGUGGUAUAGCAUCUCUUUUGUUACCUGGUGGGAGGACUGCACAUUCGUUAUUUAGUAUCCCACUUGUGUUAAAUGAGGAUUCAUGUUGUAAUAUUAGGCUGGGUAGUAACAAGGCAGAGUUGCUUAAACAUACAAGUUUAAUUAUAUGGGAUGAGGCACCUAUGGUUAAUAGGUGGGCAUUUGAGGCUGUUGAUAGAACCUUGCGUGAUAUAAUGGAAGUUGGGGAUGUUUAUGGUGGGGGAAAGCCGUUUGGUGGAAAAGUUGUGGUUUUAGGGGGAGAUUUUAGACAAACUCUUCCUAUUAUCCCGAAAGCAAGUAGGGAAGAAAUUGUAAUGGCUACUAUUAACUCAUCAAGACUAUGGAAAUUUUGCAAAGUCUUAAAACUUACUGAGAAUAUGCGUUUGCAUGGGAAUGAUUCUUUACAUGAUUGUGAAAAAUUGGUUGAAUUUAGCAAGUGGAUACUUGAUAUUGGUGAUGGUAAUUUGGGUGAUUACAAUGAUGGUGAAUGUGAUUUAGAUAUUCCACAUGACUUGAUGGUUCCCUUUAAAGAUGAUGCUGUGUCAAGUAUAGUUUAUUCCACCUACCCUGAUAUUCAAAGGAAAUUUUUUGAUGAGGAAUAUUUUAUUGAUAAAGCUAUUCUUGCUCCCACUUUGGAUAUUGUUGAUGGUGUGAACCAGUUUGUGCUUUCAAUAGUACCUUGCAAAGAAAAAGUGUAUUUAAGUUUAGACAGUGUAGUCAAAGUUGAUGAAGAUGUAGCCAUUGAUGCAAAUUGGAUAACCAUUGAGUUUUUGAACGGCAUUAAGGGAUCUGGACUUCCUGAUCAUAGGUUGUGUUUGAAAAUUGGAACGCCCAUUAUGUUAAUGAGAAAUAUUGAUGUUUCAGCUGGGUUAUGCAAUGGAACUCGGCUUAUUGUGUUGGAUCUUAGACCAAAUUUGAUUUAUGGGAAAGUGCUAAAUGGAAAUAAAGCUGGCACAAAAACAUACAUCCCACGCAUGACUAUUGUUCCUUCUGAUAGUGGUCUACAUGUUAAAGUUCAACGUAGAUGGGGAAGGUCUCCUAUGUACCAUUUAAUGGAAGGCAUGGAUUCUCAUAAAUGGGAUCAGGUCAACUUACAAGGGUGGUCUGGCUACUUCAAUAGACUUGAUGGUCCGAUUUACAACAAAUUGGUUGUUGAGUUCUGGAAGAACGCUGUCUGCAACGACUACUACGUUGUUUCUCACGUGCUGGACAAGAAGAUUGUAAUCUCAGAAGAGUCCAUUGCAAAGUUGCUGGGUAUGGAAUUCCAGCAAGGAAAAAGGAUUAAGAACGUUGAUGCAAAUGUUCCUGGGAUGAGGAGCGUGGUCAACAAGGCGAUUUUUGACCACUGGGAAAUGGAGAAAACCAAGUACAACAUAAAGGACUUGAAGCCUCAGAUGAAGAUUUGGCAGAAGAUAUUCCUUACCUGCAUUCACCCCAGAACUGGUGGAACUGAUUAUCUUAAUGCAACUCAAAAGUUCAUUGUUAAUUUGUUACCAUUCUGA